CUGAGCGUUUGCCCGCAGGUGUCCGAGGCGAGGCGAGGCGAGGCCCCGCGGGACAGCCGGCUUUGACCCCAUGGUGGGUUUCGGGGCUAACCGGCGGGCCGGCCGCCUGCCCUCCUUCGUGCUGGUGGUGCUGCUGGUGGUGAUCGUCAUCCUCGCGUUCAACUACUGGAGCAUCUCCUCCCGUCACGUUCUGCUUCAGGAGGAGGUGGCCGAGCUGCAGGGCCAGGUCCAGCGCACCGAGGUGGCCCGCGGACGCCUGGAGAAGCGCAAUUCCGACCUCUUGCUCAUGGUGGACACACAUAAGAAACAGAUCGACCAGAAGGAGGCCGACUACGGCCGCCUCAGCAGCCGGCUGCAGGCCAGAGAGGGCCUGGGGAAAAGAUGUGAGGAUGACAAGGUUAAACUACAGAACAACAUAUCUUAUCAGAUGGCAGAUAUACAUCAUUUAAAGGAACAACUUGCUGAGCUUCGCCAGGAGUUUCUUCGACAAGAAGAUCAGCUUCAAGACUAUAGGAAGAAUAAUACUUAUCUUGUGAAGAGGUUAGAAUAUGAAAGUUUUCAGUGUGGACAACAGAUCAAGGAGUUAAGAGCACAACAUGAGGAAAAUAUUAAAAAGUUAGCAGACCAAUUUUUACAGGAACAAAAGCAGGAGGUCCCCAAGGUUCAAUCAAAUGAUGGAAAAGAACUGGGUAUAAAUGAUCAUGUAAUACCUAACAAUAUUCCAAACAUAGCUGAGAAUGCUGCAAAUGAGGAACCCUCAAGUAAUCAUAUUCCACAUGGGAAAGAACAAAUCAAACGAAUUGGUGAUGCAGGCAUGCCUGGAAUAGAAGAGAAUGACCUAGCAAAAGCUGACGAUUUUCCCGCUGCUUUAAAGAAGCCCCCUGUUUUAGGUUCUCCACAUGAAAGUCAUCAAGCAAUCUCUCAUCUCCCAACUGGACAAUCUAUUUCAGCAAAUAUGGCUCCAGGUUCACAUGUAAACCACAAUGGAAAUCCUGGUAUGUCCAAACAGAACCCUUCCAAUCCUCUUCAGCACUUAAUUCCAGAUUCAAACUUGGUGAGAGAACCCAAAAUUCAAACAGAUGUACUGAAGCAGGCCACCAAGGACAGAGUCAGUGAUUUCCACAAACUGAAGCAAAGCCGAUUCUUUGAUGAGAAUGAAUCCCCUGUUGAUCCGCAACAUGGCUCUAAACUGGCGGAUUAUAAUGGGGAUGAUGGUAACGUAGGUGAGUAUGAGGCAGACAAGCAGGCUGAGCUGGCUUACAAUGAGGAAGAAGAUGGUGAUGGUGGAGAGGAAGACGUCCAAGAUGAUGAAGAACGAGACCUUCAGAUUGAUCCUGCAGACUAUGGAAAACGUUUCAAUGAUGUCCUUUAAUGCCUAAAGUAAAACUUCAGAAAACCAAAAGUGCUGUAAAAAUGGAAUAAUUUCUACUUUGUCAACUUUAACUUUUGUUGUAAAGAUCAGUUGUAUCAGUUGUAAAGAUACAUUGUGAUAGAUUUAGGGAAAAACUUUAUUGAAGAAGUGUACCUAUGUACAUAAGGGAACUUUUUCAUACUGUAUUGUCAAAGCAGAAAUGUUUUUGGUUAUGACACAGUGGAACCAAAAACAAUUAAUCUUUGCAUUUAAAGCAAACUAAUGUAUAUGCCACAUUUUAUUAAGCCCAUUUUUUCCCUACAGAUAGAAAGGCAGGAUAGAGUGGUUGUACAGAUUAUAAGUUGCACAUAGCAUAACCAUGGUGAGAAGUUAUUCAGCUGAAAAAUUGUUAUCCACUAAUAUAUUCUUGUUAGCCCAACAGAUGUUCUGUCUACCCUCAUUUAAUGCUCUUCAAGGAGUCAUAUUAGAAUAAUGACAGAAAAGAGGGGAAACUGAUGCCAAACACUGGAACAUUGGGCAACAUGUACAGAGUUACCUUCCCUGCUCCUUUUUUUUUUUUUUAACAUAAUGAUGCAUUUUGGUAGAUUCACUUUCAUCUGAUGCCUGAUGAAAGUUAAGAAAGUUUUCACAGACAUAACAAUAUUUAUGUUACGCCUUACUUAGUUCUUGAAGUUGUGGGAUGCAUGAUUGGCACUGUAUUUUCAAAUUUUAGCUUUUCAAGUAAUAACAGUGCUGUUCAGCUAUUGCCAGUGCUGGCUAAAAUUCUUUUUAUUUUCAGAGUUCAUUUAAAUGACAAAUCCUGAAAGGGACUAAAUCUAAUUUGAAAUGAAUCUGCAAUAUUUCAAAGCUUUUUCUGGUAGUUUUAAUGAUUUUAUUUGGUUAGACUUUUCCAGAACUACUAAAUAAGGAAUUUUAACAUUUUUAAUUCAUGUGCAGAUAAAUAAGUACAAUGCAGUCUACAGCUGUUUUAUUAAAAUGGCUUAAAGAUUUGUAAUAAAAAUGAAAUCUUUGUAAUUAAUGCAUUAGGUAAGAACCCAUCAACCUUACAGUUGCUAGACUUAUAGAGAUAUUUUCAAUGUAUUUUGUCUUUUUUGACAUAAUUCAUUAGGAUAUAUAAACUAAUCCUUACUUUCUGA